GAAAAUGCAAAAACGCGGCGUAUUGAUGUAGGGCUUUCUCCCUCAACCACUCCUCCUCCCACCCCUUUCAAAAUUCCGCGAUCCCGUUUGCCUUGCAAAUUUGCAGCCUUUGCAUUCUGAUUUUCUCCAGCACGAGAAAAAAAUGGAUCCCAAUUCAGUUAAGUCGACUCUUUCCAAUUUAGCAUUUGGAAAUGUAAUGGCAGCUGCAGCUCGUGAUUACAAGAAGGAACUUCUUUCCCAAGAAAAAGCACAGGCAUCGAGUUCAAACAACGAGGAGGUUGACCUUGAUGAGCUGAUGGAUGACCCUGAGUUGGAAAAAUUGCAUGCUGACAGGAUUGCAGCUCUAAAGAAAGAAGCUGAGAAGCGAGAAGCCUUAAAGAGGCAAGGGCAUGGAGAGUACAGGGAGAUAAGUGAAGGAGAUUUCUUGGGUGAAGUCACUGGGAGUGAGAAAGUGGUUUGUCAUUUUUACCAUAAGGAGUUCUACAGAUGCAAGAUAAUGGAUAAGCAUUUGAAAGCUCUUUCACCAAAGCAUCUGGAUACCAAGUUCAUCAAGCUGGAUGCUGAGAAUGCACCUUUCUUCAUUGCCAAACUAGCAGUCAAAACUCUGCCUUGUGUCAUACUUUUCAGAAAGGGAAUUGCAGUAGAUAGAUUGGUUGGGUUCCAAGAUCUUGGAGGCAAAGAUGAUUUCACCACUAAGACACUAGAGGUUCUACUGCUAAAGAAAGGCAUAAUUAGUGAGAAAAAAGCUGAUGAAGAUGACGAAGAUGAUGAUUAUGAUGAGAAUAAUCGCAGGACAGUGAGAUCUUCUGUGAAUCAUGACUCUGACUCAGACUGAACAGGGAAAGAAUUGCAGUUUCAGUAUCAAAACUAUGAGUGGUUCUUGCCAUUUUGUCUGUAUGAAUUUUCACAAAUCAUAAUUGCACUUGUUGUCUCUAAGAUGUACAUUAUGCAAAAACUGAGUCAAGUAGUAUCCUGUGAAAGUGCGAAUUGUGUCCUUUGCUGAGCAUUUAGCACCAGUAAUUGAAGUGUGUUGGCUUGAUGACGUUGGGUCAUCACAACGGCCAUUUAGGUUCUUGGUCCUAUCGGGAAGGAAAUGAAUUUGACCACCAACAACAUGCACUCUCUAGCAAGUUGUAUAAACGAUUUUGUUUAUGUAUUCUGUCAUGGAACAUUCAGGGCUACUAGUAUCCAAUGUUAAU